CGCAGCGGCCGGGCCCUUCCUGCGGGAAGCCCGAGCCGAGCCGGCAUGGGCGAGAGCACCAGCCCCAUCAGCGUGAUCCUGGUGAGCUCGGGCAGCCGCGGCAACAAGCUGCUGUUCCGCUUCCCGUUCCAGCGCGGCGCCGAGCACCCCGCCGCGCAGGACAACAAACCAAGGAGUCGAUAUGCUGUGAAUGGCUCUGGUGACACCACAGAAGAUCAAGAUGGGGACUCCAGAGACCAAUGUCCUCUAACUGAUGAGCAAUUGGUUUCAGGGUUUUCGGAUGUCAUCCUGGCAACAAUUUUGGCUACCAAGUCAGAUAUGUGUGGCAAAAAGUUUGAAUUGAAGAUCGAUAAUGUUCGCUUUGUUGGCCAUCCCACUUUGCUCCAGCAUGCCCUCGGGCAGGUAUCCAAAACUGACCCCUCACCAAAGAGAGAGAUGCCCACCAUGAUUCUGUUCAACGUGGUGUUUGCACUAAGGGCCAACGCGGAUCCGUCCGUGAUCAACUGCCUGCACAACCUGUCGCGCAGGAUCGCCAUCGUCCUGCAGCACGAGGAGCGCCGCUGCCAGUACCUCACCAGGGAGGCCAAGCUCAUCCUGGCUAUCCAGGACGAGGUGUCUGCCAUGUCAGAGAGUGAGUGCUUUGAGCAGCAAUGGCUCUGUCCAGGAGCACUCUUUCAGAGAGCCACAGAAGGGCCCCAGUCACCUUUUCAUCACAUCCUACCCAAGUGCAAACUGGCCAGAGAUCUCAAAGAGACAUAUGACAGUCUCUGCACGACAGGGGUGGUUCGUUUACACAUCAACAACUGGCUGGAAGUGAGUUUCUGCCUUCCUCACAAAAUCCACUAUGUUGCCACCAACUUCAUACCCCCAGAAGCAAUCGAGAGAAGUCUGAAAUCUAUCAGGCCUUACCAUGCCUUAUUACUUUUAAAUGAUGAGAAGUCAUUGCUUAAUGAGCUCCCGUUGGACUGCUCUCCUGCCCUGGUGAGAGUAAUUAAAACUACCUCUGCUGUGAAGAAUUUGCAGCAACUGGCUCAGGAUGCUGACUUGGCAUUGCUGCAGGUUUUCCAGCUUGCUGCACAUCUUGUUUACUGGGGCAAAGCAAUUAUUAUUUAUCCUCUUUGUGAAAACAAUGUCUACAUGCUUUCUCCAAAUGCCAGUGUCUGCCUUUACUCUCCCCUGGCAGACGCCUUCUCCUGUCAGUUCCGGGGUCACAACCUGCCCUCGAUGCUGGCCAAGUUCUCCCUCCCGGUGUCACUCUCCGAGUUCAAGAACCCGCUGGCACCGCCUGUGCAGGAGACCCAGCUUAUCCAGAUGGUGAUAUGGAUGCUCCAGCACCGGCUCCUGAUCCAGCUCCACACCUACGUGUGCCUGAUGGUGCCCCCAAAUGAGGAAGAGUUCCGAGCCCAGGAUGAGGACAUGCCCUUCACUGCCAGGGUUGGGGGACGAAGUUUGAGCACCCCCAAUGCUCUCAGCUUUGGCUCUCCAACCAGUAGUGAUGACAUGACUCUGACAAGCCCUAGCAUGGAUAAUUCCAGUGCUGAGCUGAUACCUGGUGGGGACUCACCCCUAAAUAAGAGGAUGACGGAGAAUCUCCUGGCAAGCCUGUUGGAACAUGAGCGGGAAGCCAUCCUGAAUGUCCCAGCUGCCCAGAAUCCAGAAGAUCUCCGCAUGUUUGCGAGGCUGCUGCACUACUUCCGAGGCCGGCACCACCUGGAGGAGAUCAUGUACAAUGAGAACAUGCGGCGCUCCCAGCUCCUGAUGCUGUUUGACAAGUUCCGCAGUGUGCUGGUGGUCACCAGCCACGAGGACCCCGUCAUUUCUGUGUUCCAGUCUCUCCUGAAGUGACUCUGCUGGCACAGAGGAGGGAGGCAGCUUGCCAUACUCUCCAUGCUGGGAGUCUAAAGGAUGCCUAAAAACUGAAGGAGGUGGUUUCAGUUCCUUCUUGCCACGUGACACGCAGCAGGUUGUCCCCAUCCGUGCCUCGAUGUCCCAGCUGCUCCCCGAAGCUCCAGGGGCUGCUGCAGGACAGCAUGUGCUUGCUCAGCCUGGAUUCUUACCCUGCUACAUUCACAGCCCUUCCUUGGCCCUGGUGCUCCCCAGGAAUCGUGGGAGUGGGAUAAGAGGGUUCUGCUGCGGUGCUGCUGGCAGAAUGUCACCUUUGGGGGGGAUGCUGGUGCCUCGAGAGUGCCUCCUCUGCUCUCCAGCACGACUGCUGGGACACUCAGCCAUGAGACCUGUCCCCAUGGCACAGCACGCAUGGCCUUGCUCCAGGGCACAGGGGAGCUGGCCUGGCUCGUAGGGAAAUGACCCUGGGCACUGAAGGAUUCUGUUUGAUCUCGCAGCAGCAGCGAGGACAGAGGUGGGAAGACAAAGUAUCACAAGUAAACAUGAAAUCAUGAAUGAAUGACUCA